AUGCCCCCACAGAGCCCCUUCCCGGCCUACAUUCAGACUCCGCACGACCUGUACAAGAGCAAGCGGGACUUCCAGAGGCCGACAGUGUUGAGCCGCUACUCUAUCCUUGGCUUCCUCUCGUCCGGCACGUACGGACGCGUGUACAAGGCUCGCGUGCGCCAGCACACCUCUGAUGCCUCUCCCGCGGGCUUGCUGGGGACGCCGUCGGCCGCAACGCCAGGCAAAAGGCUGAAACUGAGUCGGGAUGAGGGCGACGACGAGGGCGAACUCGUUGCGAUCAAGAAGUUCAAGCCUGACAAGGAGGGAGAGGUGGUCACGUACACGGGAAUAUCGCAGAGUGCGUGCAGGGAGAUCAUGAUCAACCGCGAAAUCUCGCACGAGAACGUCACGGCUCUGCGCGAGGUCAUGCUCGAGGAGAAGAGCAUCUACCUCGUCUUCGAGUACGCGGAACACGACUUUCUCCAAAUCAUCCACCACCACUCGUCGACUCGGACACAGCUGCCGCUCGGCGUGCUCAAGUCGCUCUUGUGGCAGCUCUUCAACGGUGUCAGCUACCUGCACGAUAACUGGAUCAUCCACCGCGACCUCAAGCCCGCCAACAUCCUCGUGACGGAGAAAGGACAGGUCAAGAUUGGCGAUCUCGGCCUCGCUAGGUUGUACCAGGAGCCGCUGCAGAGCUUGUAUACGAGCGACAAGAUUGUCGUCACAGUCUGGUACCGCUCGCCGGAACUGCUACUCGGAGCGCGGCACUACACGCCGGCGAUCGACAUGUGGUCGAUGGGCUGCAUCUACGGCGAGCUCCUCGGCUUGCGACCGAUGUUCAAGGGUGAGGAGGCGAAGAUUGAGCUGGGCGCGAAGAAGGGCGGCGUUCCCUUCCAGCGAGAUCAGCUUACGCGAGUCAUCGAGGUGCUGGGAUCCAUCAACCCGAAAGACUGGCCGAGCGUCGUUCAACUACCCGAGUACCCACAACUCUCGCGCCUCGAUCGCUACCAAGACUGCCUUUCGCAAUGGUUUAACGGCCGUCUUCCUCGUGGCGCUCCGCCAUCGCUUGCGUACGACUUCAUGCGGCAGUUGCUCGCCUAUGAUCCGACGAGGCGAAUCACGGCGCGAGCAGCGCUCUGCCACGCUUGGUGGGGUCAAGAUCCGCAACCCCACGCUAACGCGUUCACGCAUCUCCCUCCGGCCGUCUCCUACCCGCUCCGCCGCGUCGCCCACGACGACUCAGACCCGAAGAUGCAGCACAACACGCUCAACAAGUACGCCUACACCGCUAGUGGCGGGAACCUGGGACUGGCGGGCAACAUGAGCGGAUCAGGCGCUGGCGGGGGGAGGAAGCGAGGACGGGACUAG